GCAACCUGAAAUCCCAAAACCCAAGUUAGGUUCAGGAAUGAGUCAUCUGUGACCAGUAGGGGGUGCUCUCCUGCAAGGCUGAUCCCCCACACCCAAGGCAGGGAAAGAUGAGCAACUGACCACAGACUUAAGGCUAGAACAGAGAAGAAUUGGGGCACUGGCCAGGCAGAGUGGACACAGAAGAGUUAAUUGAUGGGGUGUGACAGGGCAGAACCGCCCUCAGGAAGUGUUACUCACCGCUGGGAAUGUAUGCGCCUGUGCCUGGAGGCUGAAUUCUCUUCCUGAGUCCUAACAGAAGGAGAAGCCUAACAGAGGGAAAGAAGAAGCUCCUAGCCAUGGAAGACCCGGGAGAGCCAGAGGCACACCAUCCCAGAGCCCCCAGCCCAAGCCUCGCCCAUGGACACUUGGAGAGAGAAAAGCCACCCCAGGACCCACUCUACGACGUACCUGAUGCCAGUGGGGGUCAGGCAGGUGGGCCCCAGCGGUCUACACGCACUGUGAGCCUUCGGGAGCGCCUGCUGCUCACCCGGCCUGUGUGGCUACAGCUUCGGGCCAAUGCUGCAGCAGCCCUGCAUGUGCUGAGGACUGAACCUCCAGGGACAUUCCUGGUGCGGAAAUCUAACACCCGCCAGUGCCAGGCCCUGUGUGUGCGGCUGCCAGAGGCCAGUGGCCCCUCCUUCGUUUCUAGCCACUACAUCCAGGAGAGUCCUGGUGGUGUCUCUUUGGAGGGGUCUGAGCUUCUGUUCCCAGACCUAGUCCAGCUCAUCUGCGCUUACUGUCACACCCGGGACAUCCUUCUCCUUCCUCUUGGACUGCCCAGAGCCAUCCAGCAGGCAGCCACCCACAAGGAGCUGGAGGCCAUCUCCCACCUGGGCAUUGAGUUCUGGAGUUCCUCCCUCAACACCAAAGCUCAGCCAGCCCUGUCUGAAGGCCCACCAGCACCCAGGCUGAAGGCCCGUUCCCCACAUGAGCUGGACCAGGGCACUGGCGCUGCACUGUGCUUCUUCAAUCCACUCUUCCCAGGGGACCUUGGCCCCACCAAGCGCGAGAAAUUCAAAAGGAGCUUCAAAGUGCGCGUGUCCACGGAGACCUCUAGCCCCCUAUCUCCACCUGCUGUGCCACCUCCCCCAGUCCCUGUGAUGCCGGGAGCAUCCUCCAACCACACUGAGAGGCUUCCCACUCGACAGCUACUGCGGAGGGAGAGCUCCGUGGGUUACCGUGUGCCAGGGGGCGCCAGCCCUAGCCUCCCACCCCUGCCCUCGCUCCAGGAGGUGGAAUGUGGCUCCCCUAGCAGCUCCGAAGAGGAGGGGCUGCCAGGGUCCCAGGGCAGCCCCUCAGUCUCCCCCAGUCUGGGCCGCAGGUGGCACAGGCGGCCACUGCUUAGGUCCAUGAGCUCUGCCUUCUGCUCCCUGCUGGCUCCUGAGCGGCAGGUGGUUCGUGUGGCUGCGGCACUGGUGCAAGACAGACACACAGGUGUAGGCCAGCUGGUACAGGAUCUCCUGACGCAGGUGCGGGCUGACCAGGAGCCCCAAGAACUGCAAGGCAUCCGCCAGGCACUGAGCCGGGCCCGGGCCAUGCUGAGCGCGGAGCUGGAGACUGAGAAACUGCUGCCCCCUAAGAGGCUCGAACAUGUCCUAGAGAAGUCUCUGCAUCACUCCGUGCUCAAGCCUCUCCGGCCCAUCCUGACAGCUCGCCUUCGGCGCCGACUUUCUGCUGAUGGCUCCCUUGGCCGCCUGGUUGAGGGCCUCCGCCUGGCCCGGGCCCAGGGCCCUGGGGCCUUUAGUUCUCACCUGAGCCUGCCCUCCCUGGCGGAGAUUGAGCAGGUGCGCCAGAAACUACUGCAGCUGCUCCACACCUACUCACCCAGUGCCCAGGUCAAGCGGCUCCUGCAGGCCUGCAAGUUGCUUUAUACAACCCUGAGGACCCAAGCAGGGGAGAGUGCAGGUGCUGAUGAGUUCCUGCCCCUGCUGAGCCUCGUCUUGGCACAGUGUGACCUUCCUGACCUCCUACUGGAAGCUGAGUAUAUGUCGGAACUUCUGGAGCCUUCCCUGCUCACUGGAGAGGGUGGCUACUACCUGACCAGCCUGUCGGCUAGCCUGGCCCUGCUGAGCAGCUUAAGCCAAUCUCACACUCUCCCCCUGAGCCCUGCACAGGAGCUGCAGCGUUCUCUAAGGCUCUGGGAGCAGCGGUGCCUGCCUGCUACCCACAGCUUCCAGCAUCUCCUCAGAGUGGCUUACCAGGAUCCCAGCAGUGGGUGUACCUCCAAGACCCUGGCUGUGCCCCCGGGGGUUUCAAUUGCCACUCUGAACCAGCUCUGUGCCACCAAGUUCCGAGUGACUCAGCCCAAUGCUUUCGGCCUCUUCCUGUACAAGGAGCAGAGCUACCACCGCCUGCCCCCAGGAGCCCUGGCCCACAGGCUUCCCACAGCUGGCUACCUCGUCUACCGUCGUGCAGAGUGGCCUGAGACCCAAGAGGAUGCAAGACAAGAGAUGGGUAGUGGGCGGCCAGAAGCAGGCAGCCGGGAAGAGGAGAAAGAAGCCCAGAGAGAAGGGAACAUGGGGGUCAAAGGCAGCCCCAAGGACAGCUGGGGAGAGCGUAAGGCUGCUGAGCAGGGAGAGCAUCAAGCUGGAGGAGACCUUGUUCAGCCAGGGCAGGCAGAGACUGAGGGAAGCCUGACCACAGAGGAGUAGCUGGAAGGGACCAGAAGGUCUUCUGGGGCUGGACCCUGUAGAGAAUGCCAGCAGCGCCACCAGCCCACUCAGCAAGGCCUGUGGCCACCCCAACCCCAGGCCACUCCUGUGUCUGCCACCACCUCUGAUACUUAGCUCCAUGAGCACAUCUGCUGGGGCUGGGGACUUGGGUAAAGUUGAGAGGUUUAG